ACUCUCACCGCUUCAUACUCUCUCUGUCUCACUCUGUGUCAUCGGUCUCUUUCUUGCUCGCCAGCUUUGUGCCGUCCGGAAUCUCCCUCCUCUCAUCUCAGUCUCUUCGUACGCAAACUUGCAAGCAUUUCUCUCUUCAAAUGACCACCGUCGGAUCUUGGAAUUCGCCGUCCUCUGCGUAGCGUUCUUCCGCACAGCUUUUCCUCCGCCAUGGCCGUCCGAGGCGUCGAUUUCAAGUGGUACGAUGGGUUCUUCUUGUCGAUGCUCGCGACGAGUGUAGUGAUUGUUGCAAUUAAUUGGAAGCGUUACCAUACUUGUACAUUCCCGUUGCACAUAUGGAUCGUGGUUGAUUACACUGCUGUGUUUGUUUUUCGGAUGCUGAUGUUUGUGGAUAAUGGGCUUGCCUCUGGAAUGGGUUUGGAUCUUGGGUGGCAGCAAAGAUAUGCUCGUUUCUGCGGAAGAGUAGUGGUCCUUUCGAUUCUUUCUCUGUUGCUCUAUCCAUUUCUUUGGACUUGGACAGUAAUCGGUACGCUGUGGUUUCAAAAAUCGAAGGACUGUUUGCCUGAAAAUGGUCACAAAUGGGGUUUUCUCAUUUGGUUGCUUUUUAGCUACUGUGCACUACUUUGCGUUUCUUGCAUGUCGCUUGGGAAGUGGUUGACACGAAGAGAGGCACACUUAUUGCGUGCUCAACAAGGGAUUCCUGUGUCAGAAUAUGGGGUUUUGGUUGAUAUGAUUCGGGUGCCAGAUUGGGCAUUUGAAGCUGCCGGUCAAGAAACAAGAGGGAUGGGCCAAGAUACUGCUGCAUACCAACCUGGACUUUACUUGACUCAAGCACAGAGAGAAGCAGUGGAAGCACUCAUUCAGGAGCUUCCAAAGUUCAGACUGAAGGCUGUUCCAACUGAUUGCAGUGAAUGUCCAAUCUGCUUGGAAGAGUUUCAUGUAGGCAACGAGGUUCGCGGCCUGCCUUGCGCUCACAAUUUUCAUGUAGAAUGCAUCGAUGAGUGGCUUCGACUGAAUGUGAAAUGUCCCAGAUGCCGUUGCUCAGUCUUCCCAAAUCUCGACCUUAGUGCUAUAUCCAAUCUCCGUCCUGACUCUGAGCGUUCAUCUCUCAGUGUGUUGACAGCCAACCGGUAUGUGAGAACCCGACCUGACAAUCAGAGGCAUUUGUUGAGGUUGCAGGGAGCAUUCCGCCCAGUUUGUACUGAAAAUGCAGGUGCAGGCAAUGAGGCAGACACUUCUUUGGAAACUUCUGAGGAAGGGGGUAUUGCUCUCUCAUCUACUCGGGAUCUUUCGAGCCCAAGGCCGGUCCCUUCCACUGAACGUAUUGUCGUUGUCGAGUCCCCCUCACAGCAACAACAAUAGGGGAUCCUUCCUGGUUUACAUUUUCUAAAUUUCAACUGAAUUUUCUAACCCAUAUGCUGAGGGAAGGCGUUAACGGUAUAGAACUGUGUACCUCGCCAUCGGUCGGCAUGCUUUUGCAAUCGCUGUUGCUUACUGAAAGUCUAAAGCUUUUUGCCAUGGUUUCUCAUUGUAACGAUGGAUAUACAUAUUCAUGGAUAUGAGAACUGGAUAUGAUCGGUUAACCAAUGCAGCUACCUCUUUCAUGAAA